UUUGUUAUAAAAAUACACCUUUUUUAAAUUGUGUAAUUCAUAACCCGUGUAUUCUACAGCUUGAAGUGUUUCACCAUAUUUUACAUGACCUAGCAUGUAUACUGUCAAUAUGUGUCACCUCCUAUAAUUGUGUAAAAAGUUGGGUCCAUCACUGGAAAUCUUCAGCAUGUUGGGUCAGGGGCAAAGGAUCGAUCAUGCCUGGAAAGUCAUCAGGUAAUCGUGGCCGACAGCACCACCAUCACCACCAGCAUUACCAGAGUCGACGACGAAAAUCUCAUAAGAUGGCAUCAGGUUCAUCAGGUGACCCCACUGCAAAUGCUGAAGGAGUGGAUGCAUUUACUGACCUUGAUGGGGAGACCCACCAACUUUUGGAUGUCACUGCUCCACAACCAAGAGCAGCGAUACGAGCAACACACGAAGAAACCGAAAAUGUGUGGAGUAUAUCUGUUCAGGUGUUCAUACCUUUUCUGGUAGCAGGACUGGGGAUGGUUGGUGCUGGCCUAGUGCUUGAUGUUGUUCAGCAUUGGCAAGUGUUCCGUGUCGUAUCUGAGGUAUUCAUUUUAGUACCUGCUCUAUUGGGGCUCAAGGGCAAUCUGGAAAUGACGCUCGCAUCUCGGCUGUCCACUCAAGCCAAUUUGGGUCUUAUGGACAACCCUAAACAACAAUGGAGUCUCAUUGCUGGAAACCUGGCACUCAUUCAGUGCCAAGCCACCGUGGUAGGUUUCCUUGCAUCAUUGGCAGCAAUGAUAAUGGGCUGGGUUCCUGAAGGAAAAUUUGAUGUGGCUCAUGGUCUUCUCCUCUGUGCCAGUAGUCUUGUUACCGCGUCACUUGCGAGCUUCGUGCUUGGUCUUGUGAUGGUUGCAGUGAUUGUGUCUUCACGACACUGUAAUAUAAAUCCUGAUAAUGUGGCCACACCAAUUGCAGCCAGCCUGGGAGACCUCACCACCCUAGCGCUGUUGUCAUGGAUUGCCUCCUUAUUAUUUGCAGCCAUAGAUGAGCGCCAGUGGCUCGCUCCGGUCAUCAUUGGAAUAUGUGCACUGCUGACACCAGUGUGGGGUUGGAUAGCUGCCAAGAAUAAGUACACAAAGGAGGUUCUGGACACAGGGUGGACACCAGUUAUAUCUGCAAUGCUGAUUAGCAGCAUAGGAGGCCUUAUAUUAGACUUCACAGUAUCAAACUUCAAGGGAAUAGCAGUGUACCAACCUGUGAUCAAUGGAGUUGGGGGGAAUCUUGUGGCAGUACAGGCCAGCCGCAUCUCAACAUCAUUGCAUCAAGAUUCCCGCCUUGGAAAACUGCCUCAUUACGCAUCAUCUGUUUGUCUCAACCCACUCAGUGUCUUCUGCAGUCAGGGAGGCCAUGCCAGAACUGCAAGAUUGCUUCUGAUGAUGGUUAUUCCAGGCCAUCUGAUCUUCUCAUAUACAAUAAGCUACCUCCAAGCUGGUCACACGUCGCUCACGCCUAUCUUCGUGGCAGUGUACCUUGUUGCAGCUAUCCUUCAGGUCUUUAUGCUGCUUUACAUCUGCCAAGUAAUGAUUCACUGGAUGUGGACACAUCGUAUAGAUCCUGACAACUCUGCAAUCCCAUAUCUCACGGCUCUGGGUGAUUUGCUGGGCACCAGUCUGCUUGCUGUUGCUUUCAAGUUCCUAUACCUGGUGGGAGACCGUGAUAGUGAUGUAGGGGACUGAGCUACUCUGUGUUUGAUAGUGUGCAUAAUAUGAUUUUUAAGUGAUAAUUUGUUUCUAUACCUAAAUUGUUUUGUUUCCAAGUCCAAAUGUGCCAUUAAUAUUUAUCAGUUUGAAAUUAUUUAUAAUAAUAUGAUUGGAUUUUAAAUGAAUCCUUAAUAUUUUUAUGGCUGUGGAAUUUAAUUUUUAGGGAAAAGAAAGACAAUCAUAUACCAGUAAAGGAUGCAAUACAGACAGUUUA